ACUUCCGUCUAUGAGUCCUUUACUUUUCUGGGUAAAUUUCUCUCCAUUUGCAAUUACAGAAAGAUAAAUUUUACCGAAAUUUUCAAAUAUUUCAUUGAUGUUUAUUCUGGUAUGAUUAUUGCGGUCAACCGUAUUCCAAUUUUUGCUUUCGUAUGAAAUUUCUCUGCAACUAUAGAAGAUGGUGAUCGUGGUUUCCAAUACAGAGAGAUUAUAAUAUUAAUGUAUUUCUAUGAAUUUUUGUAUUCGUCCUGAAAAAGAAAAGAGCCAACAAAAAGACAUGUCUGUUCUUUGUCUUCUUUGAUGGCUUAAAUUUCAACAUUUAUUUGGUCGUCUUGUUGGAAAAUGACAAGAAGAAAGGUUCUAGAGUUGAGUUCAUUGGUUGUGCCCAAUUCAAACUCACCAACUUCUUUAUAAACUCUGAUUUAUAAACUCACCAUUUUGGCCUUUUCCUUAAGACUUGUUUGGAAAUAUCGGAAUCUUGUUAAUUAACCCAGAACAAAAGACAGAUUUAUAGCAGAUUUUUAGUUGUCUUGUUUAGAGAAAUCUCUGCUGUGACACUGAGCAUAGGUUUAUUCAUCAGCUAUUCAGCUUCCUUCUUUUGCUCUUUAAUGGCUGAUGGUUUCUUUUCCUUCACACCAUUUGAUUUCAAUGGCUCACAGGGAGAAGCUUUCUUCCCUUUUAAUGGCUGCUACGAGAAGCCGGAAUCUGAGCUCAGAGGCAAAGCAGAUGACUGUCCAUUUAGAAUGGAGGAGUUUGGAGAUUUCAACUUUCUAUCAGCGGAUCAAUCUGGCUUUUACCAACAGAACGUUCCCAAGAUUGGAGAUCAGACAAAUUAUCAACAGCCCUACUCAGAUGAUCUGAUUUUCGACGAAUUACUGUUCAAUAACAAUAUUACCAUCUCAGAGUCAAUCCCAGAGAAGUCGAAGAUCUCGGAAAACUUGGCUGCAGAUUCUAUCAGUUUCAACCCCAGUAAACAAGUCUCAAAUCCAUGUUUAGAAUCUUUGCAGCUGCUAAAUAGUUAUGGUGCCAAAUUCAAGAGGAGGAUGAAGGGGACAAAACUUGGCAAUAGAGGCAUUGAAGCAAGUGAGGAAAACAAAAAGUUGUCAACUGAAGAGAUAUUGAGGGUAGCUGGAGCAAGAUACGUUCAUUUCUUUCCUGAGGGGCAUGAUGACUUUUACAUGCCGAUGCAUCCCUGUGAUUUUGCUCUCUCCGGUCUGUCGGAGGACGAGAUUAAAGACGUUGAACUAGCCCACGUCCUCUUUGCUGCAGCUGAGAAAGUAGGCUACCAGCAAUACGACCGAGCGAGCAGGCUGCUGCAGCGCUGCGAAUGGACUGCAUCCCCUGUUGGGAACGCAGUCCAGCGGCUCGUUUUCUACUUUGCCAAAGCGCUUAGGAGAAGAAUCGAAAGAGAAACUGGAAGGGCAGCAAUGAAAGAGCCCAAAGAAGAUUGGGAGAUGACCCUUGAAGCACUUAGAGGAUGCAUGAAGCUUCCUUUUCAGCAAGUGAUGCAGCUGACUGCUGUGCAAGCUAUAUUUGAACAUGUAAAACCGAUCAGCAAAGUCCAUUUGAUAGAUCUCGAAAUCAGAAGUGGAGUUCAUUGGGCAGCUUUCAUGCAAUCACUUGUGGAUUUGAAGGAGCUGCCCAUUAAGCUUCUUAAGAUCACAGCUGUUGUAUCAGAAAAAUUUCACUUAAUAGAGAAGGUAGGCAAAUGGUUGGAAAAUGUUGCCGAGUCUCUAAACAUACCCUUCUCAUUCAAACCAAUUUUGGUAUCAGAUAUGAUGGAGAUAAAAGAAGAACUCUUUGAAGUAGAAGAAGAUGAAAUGGUGGCAAUUUACUCCCCUUUAGCAUUAAGAACCAUGAUCUCAAGGCCUACUCGUUUGGAAAAUCUGAUGAGAGUAAUCCGAAACCUCAAGCCAUCAAUAAUGGUAGUCUCCGAGGUUGAAGCCAAUUAUAACUUAUCCUCGUUUGUGAAUCGAUUCAUCGAAUCGUUGUUCUUCACUGGCUCAUACUUCGACUGCUUGGAAACUUGCAUUGUAGAAGAUGAAGACAGCAGAAGAAAGAUCGAAGUGUUUUGUGGUGAAGGGAUUGAAAACGUCGUUGCGUUGGAAGGCAGCGAUCGGGUUGAGAGGGGCGUGAAGAUCGAGGUGUGGAGGGCAUUCUUUGCAAGGUUUAGAAUGGAAGAAAUGGAGUUCAGUGAGUCAUGUUUGAGCCAAGCUAAGUUGGUGGCUGAGGGAUUUGCUUAUGGAAAUUCUUGCAGUUUGGAGAAGAAUGGGAAAUGUCUAAUAGUUGGUUGGAAGGAAACUCCAAUUCUCUCUGUUUCAGCUUGGCAGUUUCUUUAGGGUUAUUAUCAACACAAAGUUUUAAGGAAGAAUACAAUCAAAUAAGAGUUUGGGAAAACAUGAGCUUAAUUUAAUGGCGGUAAUUGGUCCAAUUUGGUUCAAUCUGUCGUGUCCUAAUUUGUUCUAUCAAAAAGAAAAGAAAAAAAAGGUUUGGUGUAAUGGCUUCCUCAAGUUUACAUUUUGUAUUUAGGGAUAUUAUGAACUUUGUAAUUGUGUUUGUGUCAGCUAUUUCUUGUAUUAACUUUUUAUAUUUACAUAAAUAGGUGUCCAUGGGAAGGGGGAAAGAAAAAAAGAAGGAAAGAAAUAAUGCUUCUAUUCAAUAAAAUGUGACACUUAGUGGUUUGGGGUAA